CUUUCACCCCCCCCCCCCUCCUCCCCAUCCUGAUCCACCCUUAAUAUCCUCCUCCUGGCGCAGCCCAGGUCCGGAUCGCCCCUCUUCCCUCGCCGUUUCUCGUUUCCUCGUCCUUUCCCCUGCGCCUCCUUUGGUCUCCUCCCCCUUCCCCCUCCCUUGUCUCCUCGCCGGUUGUCAGCUGGUCGCGGAUCUCGGUCCUAUCCGCUUCACGUGCCAUGUCUUGCCUGUCUAUCCAGCCGGACCCUCUGUUUAAGCCGCUCAUCUCCUAUGUCCUCCUGGCGGAGUUCGACAUUGACAAGGGGUCGGUCUUGAGUUCGCAGUAUCCUUCUGAGACCGGUGUUGAUGUGCAACUCCUGGCAGAGCUGAUGCUUCCCGACGGAGCGCACAACCGCGAGCAGGAUUGGACCACCUUCGGGCUGAACUUGCCCCACAUUGUGCGCGCUGAGCAGGCGCGCGAGGCGGCCAAGACUUCUUCCAGCGGAUCUGAUGCCAACGGCACCACGGGCAAGUCCCUUGCCGAGCAGGCCUCCGACCGGCUGACCCAGGCCGCCGAGCGUCUGGCACAUGCGCGCGAGGUGGUCCUCCAGUUCCUGAAGGAGCGGGACCUGCUCCCUCCUCCACCGGAGCCUGCCCCACCGGCUGUCGGCUAUGUGGCGCGCAUCGAUUGUGUGGUGUAUCAGUACACCGAGUCUAGCCAGGACUGGGAGCCCCUGCACAAUGAUCGGAUUCCAGUUCGGCUCUCCAACACCAAGAUCCAGAUUGGCCCACCCAUUGACAUCGACAGUUUCCCGGCCAUCGAUAUCCCGGCCGGAUCGGCCAUCCAGUUUCAGCAGAUGGAGCCGCUGUAUGAUGUCAUCAUCACAGACUCCGCGGCGUAUGGCAUGCGCUUUGUUUCCGAGGGCGACGAGGUUGCCUUCCUCUCUGCUCUGAGUGCCUUCUCCUCGGGCAAUCCCAUGCCCCCGCCCGGCCUCUAUGCCGACCCCCAUAUGAAUCCCCCCCCGCCGGCCCCGUCCUCCCUUUAUGAGAGUCUGACGAUCGGCGGUGUGAUCACCUCCCUGUCUCCUUUGACCAUCGACCGGGCGGCCCUGCCGGAGAAUGUGGCCGACGAAAUGGCCCCCUCGCUGGCUGAUCUCGGAGAUGCGGAGUCGGCCUUGCGGUCGGCCGAAGCGGCCAUUGCCGCCGAAGCGGCCAGCCGUGCUGCCGUGGCCAGCUCCUCCGGCCCGUCUGAGCUGGACCUCGACUCUAGUGCCCCUUUCCUGCACGCGUUCAACAUUGUCCGCACCAAGCAGGUUCCCGGGGCCCGGCGUGGCGCGCGGACCAAAGCCCUGGCCGUGUGCACAAGGCACCCCUUCGGCCAUGUGUGGCGGCCGCUGCUGUUGUUGGCACUGGAGAAGUUCUUCGACACGAAUGACACAUCCGUCCUGAAGGAUGUCUACGAUGCGGUGAAUGCAAUUGAUCUGGAGGCCCUUGGGGCGCCACGACUGACACCGUUGCACCGACGCCUCCUGCGGGCUGUCAGCGAUGCGACAGCCAUCGCAGCGGUCCUUGGCUUUGGUGCUGGACGGAAGCCCGCCACCUCGGGGGAGAAUUCCGGCGAAUUGGCAUCCCCUGCGGCGCCCAUCAGCGCGGCCGCCACCACCUAUUCGAUGCAGGCCGACCCGACAUACUUCCUGACGCAAGUCCGCUUCUCGGGCAUCGAUCUACCAAUCCGCAUCCCCCUGACGACCAUGCCGGAUGAGGUUGGCGACUUUUCUCUCAUCGAGCUGAUCCAAAAGUUCGGUCAUUCGACCGUGGGCAAGGGCGAGAAUGGUAUCAUGGCCAUCUUCAACGCCCUCCUUCGCCAGCAGCGCAUUCUCUUCGUCGGAUACCAGCGCCCGGCGUCCGAAGUGUCGAACCUGGCGCUGGCUGCGUGUGCGAUGCUGGCGCCCACCCUGCGUGGUUUUGCUCGCCGUGCCUUCCCCUAUUCCAAUCUCACCAAUUUGGAUGGCAUGCUGCUGGUCCCUGGCUACAUUGCCGGUGUCUCGAAUCCCAUCUUUGAGGACAUGGAGAAGCGGUGGGAUCUUCUGUGCAAUGUGAACACCGGGCAGGUGCGCUAUGCUACGCACCUGCUGACUGCGGCCCAGGCUGGGCCCAGUGCCAGUGCUUCUGGCUCCCUCGAUCAUGCCUAUGGCUCCAUGGCCAGUGGAGAUGGCCAGCCCGGUGGGUCCCUGUCAGCACCGAUUUCCCCGGCCCCGGUGGCCGGGUCGGCAGAUGCGGUUGGUGGUGGUGCCGAGCCGCAUGUGCCUCUGGACAAUGCCUUCAUCAAGGAGGUCCUGCUGGCGGUACAAUCCCACCAAUCCGAGGCGCAGAUCCGUGCCAAGUUUGACGCCUACACCAGUGCCCUCAUCUCUCAGGCCUUUGAUGAGGGGGAGUUCCGGGACAAUAGCGAGGCCAAGCGCACGCUGGCCGCCAAUCGCCGGCGCCUGGAUGCCUGGAAGGCCAAUUCCGAGAGCUAUCGCUUCUAUGUCGAGGAUCGCGAGACCUGGGCCAAGACCCGGCCCAUUCGCGAGCUGAAUGUCGAGCGCCUCAUCCGGAAGCUGCGCAUCCGUGCCGUCAUCCCGGAGGCCGAGCUCGUGACCACCCUCGAGUCGCUGGUCCGGUCCAUUGACACUGAUGACAAGCUGCUUGAGCUCCUGUCUUACCUCCCGGAGUAUGAUGGUGGCCUCUUCCCCUUGGGGGUGUCGCUUUACCAUCCAUCGGAGUCGGUGCGCCGGGCGACGGUCCAGCUGUUUGCCCGGAUUGACCAGCUUCACCCUGCUUCGCGACUGCGCGAAUCCGAGUCUCCGGAUCUAGCCCGGCAGGGUCCGGCCGGUGGCGCCGGUGGCGCUGGCGGGGCCGCUCCCACAAGCACCGGCUUCAUCGCGGGCAUGAACCACUUCCUCUGGCUGGCCUACGAGCGCAAUCGGAACCUGCUGCUGUGAAAGAAGAAACCUGACGCACAAGGCGGCAGCAGGGAGUCACGCGGCUCUUUCCUCGCCCGCCUCUCCUUCUUUCGCUCCUGGCAUUUCUCAUUCCCCGCCCCCCGGCGACUUUCUCCCCGGCGUCCCCUUGCUUGGCGUGUGGGACUUCCUGGUCCCGGCGGCAACUGCCGACGAAGGGACAAAUAGACUAUCGACAUACA